AUGAACUACAUCGGCACCGAUGUCCCUUCGUUCUUUAAAGAGCUGAAGACAUUGGAAGAGUUUGACCUUCACGCCGCCGUCGAUGGCCUGGAAGAGGUGGAGUUGAAGGCCGACAUCUUUGACCAAGAACUCUUCGAAUCGAAGCUACGCCGACUGGCAUAUGGCUACAAGGCCCGAUACGGUGAUCUUCUCCAGUACGAUGUCGAGGAAGAGAUUGAGAGAUUCAAAGGAUACCGUACGGAGCUCGCAAAGUAUGCCAUUGAUGGCUUGAGCUUUAUGCAUUCUGCACAAACGAGUGGAAUGAACAUCAUCAUCGAGGGUGCAAAUGCCGUAAUGCUCGACCUUUCUAUGGGAUCAUACCCCUAUGUCACUUCGUCUAACACCACAAUUUCUGGCAUCAUCGCCGGUUUGAACCUCAACCCCAAGAACAUCACAGAGACCAUCGGAGUUGUAAAAGCCUACACUACACGUGUUGGCGCCGGCGCUUUCAAGACUGAAGAUCUCGGACAGGGAGAGAAUGGGGAACGUCGACAGGUCGAAGACGUCGCUGUGGCUGAUCUCGUUGUUGUGAAGCAUGGCCACAUGGUCAACUACUACACCGCGUUGAACUUGACCAAGCUCGAUGUGCUCGAUUCCUUUGAGACAAUCAAGAUUGCCAUCGCGUACAAGGACAAGAACACUGGCCAGGAACUUGAAUCUUACCCGGCGGACCACAACGUCCUAGACACCGCCGAGGUCGUCUACCACGAAAUGCCCGGAUGGAAGAAGCCGACGACCAAGGCCCGGACAUUCUACGAUCUUCCCAAGGCGGCCCGGGAUUAUGUCCAGUACAUUGAGGACUUUAUUGGAGUCAAGGUUAAGUGGAUUGGCACUGGCCCCGACCGUGAUGAUAUGAUCACCCGUGCCUAG